AUGGCGGUAGAUUCCCAGUCAGCUCGGCAGGACCAGAUGGCUCAAAACUUGGGUCAUUUUUUGGCGCAGAAAAUGAGCCACCACAACGCUUUGAGAUCUUUCGCUCCACUGGCGCCUGGGCCUCCACGCGUGGUCGCACCACAGUCAUCGAUGGCCGUGAGUAAGCCUAAAAAGAAUUCUACGGCAUGCCUGGCAUGUAAGGCAGCCAAGAGAAAGUGCUCUGGACCUCCUUCGCCAUGCAAAGCUUGUGUCAGUGCUGGUGCCGAAAACGAUUGUCAUUUCGACCCAAGCAAAGACCUGAGGCGCAGAGUCGCCGUAAAUCGAACGAUUCAGGAAUUGACAGAUCAUAAAGAUCUGCUCGAAUCAGUGUUGUCAACAUUGCGUUCGGCAGAUAUGGAUAAGGUGAAUGAACUGGUGGUGUUGGUGAGGAGCAAUGGCUCUUUAAAUGAGAUCGCCCAUGCAGUUGGAAGUCCAGUCACGCGAUUCACAGAUUCGAAAGCUUUAUCCGCGGCGACUCUAUCAUUGUCAGAGGCCAUGGAUCAACAAUUGAAUUCGGGAAUCAUAGCGCAGCUCCAACCAAGGAGGAAUUCAGACUUUGAGUCGGCCACCAGUUCUUCAGAGCAAGACAAGCCGAAGUUCUCACCGCAAACUGCAUUUGAUCCAUAUGCACGAGUAACCUUGGAGAACCUCUGUGAUGUCCCCUUGUUGCAAGUCCCCGCCAAGCCGUGGACAGAAAUUACUGAUGACAAUGAUCUUGUAUCGCAUCUUGUUUCGCUGUAUUUCACAUGGGAUCACCCAUGUGUCCAAUUUUUGGAUCAAAGGAUAUUUCUUGAACAUAUGAGACGAGGAGUGCUUGACUCCGAGUUUUGCUCUCCGUUGCUGGUUAACAGCAUUUUGUCCAUGGCCAGUACUUACUCUGAUCGUGCGGGCGUGUUCUCCGAUCCUGAAGACACAUUCUCACGUGGUCAAAAUUUUCUCUCAGAGGCAGAGAGGCUGUUUCGGGCUGAAGAAGGAGCACCGCGUUUAACAACUGUCCAGGCUCUUCUAUUGAUGUGUCAUGUGCUGUCAUGUCAGGGUAAAGCCAAUCUGAGUUGGCAGACACUGGCACUUGCAAUCCAGAUGGGACGAGAUCUGGGAUUGUUUGGGCAACGAAAUGGUCGAAAACUUGAAGAAGUUCAGUCGCAAGAAAGAUUAGAGGUCCACAACAUUACAGCGUGGAGUAUAUUCAGCUUGAAUCUACAAUUGUCCACGAGGCUCCAGAGGGAUCAUAGCUUAGUGCAACCUGUAAUGGGUCUUGAAGUUGGAGGGGACAAUGACUGUGACUGGAGCCCAUAUCCGCGGUCAAACCAGGUCACUUUUGCGGCCCUGCCAGCGUGUCUUCCUCAAAUCCGAAGGGGGCUCUCUAGUCUGACCCAGAUCCAGAUUCACAUACAUGGUAUUAUGAAUGAGGAGCACAUGUUUGGAGAUUUUCCUGUUCUCCUCGGUAAAGCCGAGGGCCCGUAUAACCGUUUGCAGGAAUGGCUGGCUACUUGGCCAGAUACCUCGAAAUUCGGAAAAGAACCAAUCCCACAACUCCUGAUUCUCCGUCUCCAAUGCCUUCAAGCAGUCACGAACCUUCUUGAACUUCUGAUUGAACAUGAUUCACAAAAGUCCGUAGCACGUCAAUUGCGGCAACAAUGGCGCGAAUACAUGGAUGAAAUUAGCCGAUGUCUUCGUCUCUACCGCACGUCAUAUGGACUCCGGCAUAUCCCCAGCCAGUUAGUCGCAGUGGUCCAAUCGGGGCUUCACGCCCUUUUGUAUCGGCUAGAAGAAGCUGUCGAAGCAAGAGAUGUAUUCGUCGAGCUCUCUCGCCUUGCAAUCAGCCUGAGCCAGAGGUUCAAGCCAAUUGCAAACUCCAUCAGCACUAUUAUCUCGUUGUCUCAACGUGGGACUGCGAACCUCCCCCAUGAGGCCAUUGCGAUCCUGCAUGGCUUCGAAAAUUGA